UUUCUUUAUGUGUCUAGCUAUAAGCAGCACGUAUAUGCAUGCAUGCAUGUUUUCAUAGUCUCGAUCUCCUGCAAAUUAAUGGGGCAAUCUCAAUCUGUCAGUUCUGAAGAAGAAGGGUAUGACGACACAGAAGAGGGGCGUAAUGCUAGGCUUUACUAUGCUCUAAAGGAAGAGAAGACUGGUGAUGUGGUUACAUUACGCAGAGAUCGUGAAAAGUAUCCUGAUGGUCCAUUGCACGUUCUAACCAUACACAAGGACACAGUCCUUCAUAUGGCCGCAUACACAGUGCAGCCUCAAUUAGUAAUUAAAUUGCUACACUUGGUGACUGAGAAUGAUCACCGCAAUUUGAUCCGUCAAAAUGCUAUCGGAAACACAAUCCUCCAUGAGGCAGCCGCCUUCAACAAAUUAGUAGAGGCUGCCAAAAAAAUGCUAGAAAUGGCACCCCAGUUGUUACGUAUGCCCAACAAAUCCGGAGAGACCGCUCUUUUCCGUGCAGCUCGUUAUGGAAAAUUUGACAUGUUCACACUUCUUGAAAGGACACUUUUCAAGCAGUUCGACGUGCACACCCUAGGUGAAGAAGAGUACAAAGCAUUUAGUUAUCUGCAUAACAAAAGGAGCACUAUACUUCACACUGCGGUCAUCUCGGGCCAUUUUAAAUUGGCCCUUAAAAUUGCAAGAAGACGUCAAUAUUUAAUUGAUGAAAGAGACGAAAAUGAAAUGACUCCUCUUCAACAUCUUGCACGUCAUUCGCGGGCAUUUCAAGGGAGGAAAGCAGGACACCUCAAGCAUCUUCUAUACAAAUGUGUCUCGGAAACAAAAGUUCCUAUAGAACAAGAAGGAAAAGAGGACAGCGGUUGGAGAUUGCCUUUGUGGGAAAAAAUUCAGAACGAAAAGCUAACAUAUCAUUUUGCUAAGCAACUAGCCAAAUUCUUAGUUAAGAAAGAUACUGAAUCAUGGAAGAAAACCAAAUCUGUGGAAGAGUCGUUCUAUUAUAAAUUUCAGGAGGGUGAGACCCAAAAGGAUGGAACAGAGGCAUCUUCUUCGGAGGUCGAUGAAAUAGUGAUAACUGGGGUUCAGGAAGGUGGAACCCAAAACCCCGAUGGAAGAGUGGCAUCACCAGCUUCCAACGUCAAAGAAAUAAAGAUGAGUGCGGCGUCCAGAAAACAAUCAGAAACACCUUUGUUUUUGGCAACUAAGGCAGGUUGUGUGGACAUUGUUAAGGAAAUACUCAACUUGCACCCUCAGGCAGUUGAGCAUAUUGAUGAUAGUGGGUGCACCAUUUUACAUGUAGCCAUCAAGUACCGCCAAUUAGAGAUCUUUAAAAUUGUGGAAGAAAUGGGAACUCUAAUUAAGAAGCUGACACAAAAGACGGACAACCAUUCGAAUUCCAUUCUGCACAUGGUUGGAGAGAAGACCGAAUACAGGAUUGAACAGAUGAUGAAAGGAAAUCAAGAAAGUGCCAAGAAUUCGGAUUCCAAUGGGGGCAAGGUUGGAGAUAAUAAAGAAGAUCAUACAACUAAAGAGACCAAGCAAAACCUUGUUCUCCAAUUGCAAGAGGAUUUGCUCUUAUUUGAGAGAGUAGAGAAACACUGCUUGGAGCAUUUCUACACCAAUGUCAAUGAUAAAGGGCAAACUGCUGAACAACUAUUUGCUCUCAAGAGUGAAAAACUUCUCACGGACGCCACAGAAUGGUUAAAGCGUACAUCAGAAAAUAGUUCCAUUGUUGCUGUGCUCAUUGCCACUGUUGCCUUUGCCGCAGCCUACACAGUACCGGGAGGUUCAAAUGAUCAAACAGGCGUUCCAAUUCUUCUCAACAAUCCUUUGUUCGUCAUCUUUACCGUCACUGACGUCCUUUCCCUUACGUGCACUUUAACUUCAUUGGUUUUAUUUUUGUCAAUCCUCACCUCCACUUUUCGUUUAAGAGACUUUAAAAACUCUCUUCCACAGAAACUGAUGUUAGGAUUCACAUUUUUGCUGCUGUCGGUAUCAAUGAUGAUGUUGUCAUUUGCAGCCACCAUCGCCCUUAUGAUACGUAACAAGGAACAGUGGACAAAAAUUUCCUUGUACACCGUUGCGUUCCUUCCCGUCACUGUCUUUGUUGUAUCAUACUUGCCUCUCUAUCUAUCCUCCCUGAAAACUUUCAAAAACAUCAUCAAGAUAAUUGAACCGGCUUUUCCUCGGUACACUGGUUUUUGGAAUUUUAUUUUUAAACCCAAAACAAAAGUUCCCCCACCCCCUCCACCCACUUUGAAAAGUGUUUGAAAAGCCGAGUGAAGAUGAUCUCAUUUAGUACUAUUCUUCCGACACAGUGCGAACCAUCUAUACAGAAAUUCUGAGCUUGUUUUAUUAUUAUUGCUGGAGUGAUUACUAGUACUGUUCUAUUUUUCAAGAUUUUGAGUAUUGUCGCAAAUACUUUGUUUUAAUUUCAGUUUUUGAGUGAUUCAUGGGUUGUAUGAUUUCAGAAUUUCCACUGUGUACACUUAGAUCGUCGAUAUCAUAAAAGUACUGGUUUGUAUUAUGUGCUUUGCACUUGUUAUUGAUUACCAGUACUGUUUUAUCUUUAUUUAUUUAUUUAUUUGGGUAAAUCAAAAUUUUAUUU